CUCGUCUUGCUCGACAAAACACACGUAAAAAGCUCUUCCUUCUUCCACAACACAGAAGAAGAAUGGUUUCUCAGAGUGAAAGUUGCUUGGAGUCUGUACGACGUGGACUGGAAAAACUCGUGUGAGAGUGUGUGUGCGUGGACAACCCACUUUUCUGCCCUUGUGCGUCUUCUGCUUCUAUUCGCCUGUCUCCUUCCACAGUUAUUGUCUUUUCUUGCGCCCGGGAGGGCUUUUCUCUCAUUUUCGUUUUUCCUGGUAGAUCUCGGUGGCAUCCUCCUUCAGGACUGCGUCUCUGCUGCCACCUGUUUCUCUAGAGAACAGUGACCUCGUUAGAAACAGGGCCGCGGCCGUCGCCUCCAGUCGACAUUCCCACUUUUGCAGCGGCCGGUUGACAGCAUUCCAUGUCAUUUCCCGCCCGUGUUGCCCCUCGUCGUCUACAUACGUUUCGGAACUCUUUUAACUCCUGCUGUCGAGCGUUUUCGCGAGCAACAGUGUCUGUCUUCGCAAAAGUACAACUAGAGAGGACUGGGGACAUUGUCUCGUGCCGCACACCGUUGCGCAGUUCUGCAACACUUUCUCUCAGUUUCUCACGCCCCUUUUUUUUCGCACACAAACCGAAGAACUACAUGUCUGUGGUAGUUCGUUCUACAUCGCCUUGUCUUCGCUAAACUGCAGUGUGGCAAACACUCGCGGUCUGUCCGGCACACUGACGAUAUCCUCAACAACCAUUUUAUUCUUUCACUGAUCCUCCCUCCACCAUGGCUGGUACUGGAUCUGGAUACGACCUUUCCGUCUCCACCUUUUCUCCGGAUGGACGCGUUUUCCAGGUGGAGUACGCAGGCAAGGCGGUAGACAACAGCGGUCUGUGCAUGGCUGUUGUGUGCCAAGAUGGAAUUCUUUUUGCCGUCGAAAAGCCCAAGCCAUCUCCGCUUCUCCUUCCUACUUGCCUCCGAAGAAUCGCCGCUGUGACAGAAACGAUCGGCAUCGCAGUGGCGGGGCUGGCGGCAGACGGCCGACAGAUCGUCACGCGCGCGCGCCAAGAGGCCGAAGAAUACAAAAAGACGUUCGGAGUCGAAAUCAGUGGCGGCGUUCUGGCGGAACGCAUUGGGCUCUUCAUGCAUGCCUACUCUCUCUACUGGAGUGUGCGGCCGUUUGGAGCCUCCGUCCUCAUUGGCGCGGUCCAGCAGGAGAGAAGCGAACCUGGUGCGCCUCUCCAGUUCAAGAGCGAGCUCUACUGCGUAGAAACGAGUGGGUGCUGCAGCAAGUACCGGGCAACUGCUUUAGGAAAGGGCCGCCCAUCGGCAAAGACAGAGCUCGAGAAACUGAACUUGGAGACACUGACGACGAAGGAGGCCCUGGAGGCUCUCACCAAAAUCUUCCUGGUUGUUGACGAUGAGGGCAGCAAGGAAGGGAAAGUUGAAGUUGAAGUCGGUCUGAUUGGAAAAGACAGCUGCGGAGUCUUCAAGAUGCUGCCGUCUGAAGAGGUUCGUGCCGCCGUCAAGCGCGCGCGAGAGGCUCUCGACGAAAUGGAUGAAGACUAAGUUGGAAGAGGGGCGGAGAGCCGAGGUCAGAGCCAAGGGGUCGUCGUCGUGAUUACAACAGAGGAAGCACCAGCAGAUGUGGACGAGAGGGUAGGGGCAGGGUGAGGUGGAGACAGACGGUCGAGUGGAGCUUUAAAUACAGCCCAGCAACGAAGAACUAGACAGAGAAAGGUCCGGAAGACGACCAGAGAAAAACCUAAGCCGAAAUCCGUCCCUCGUCACCUUGCUUUUGCACAGCGCCUGCGCCUGCUGUAGUUUUGCGUGGAAGAGACGGAAGAAACUGCAAAGCGGAGAUGCUUCCGUUCAGCUUGCUUUCUGUCGACGCAUUCUCCAGAAGGAAAAGAUCUGUAAAGAAUCAAAACAGAGGAACUCAUGCAGGAAGGGUUGGCAGCAAGCAAAACAUUGCCUAUGAACACAACUCAUGCACGAGACGUGGCUCCUCGGUCAUAUCCAUUCUGCUGUCACAAAAAGCGUCUUUUGUGCCGUGGGCAGAAACAGUUGUACAAGAGCCAACGGUCUGAAGUGAGACUGCAUCAUGUAAUCACUGCUUUCGCAUUUCCUUUUUUCCGAAGAGAUAAAAAACACACGACACCCGUUGUACUGGCGCUGCUUAGCCAAUCC